AUGAUUGGCCACCCCUGGCCGAUCGCAAAACCAAUUGCCAGCAGACCCAUACCAGUGCAGCAUCAGCACUUGCAGCAUUUAUUGGCGCAUUGUCACCAUCCUUAUUUAGCAGUACGGCCGUCCCAAGCGCACACGCAAGUUUUCCCUUUACCCGGCGGAUUUCCAUGGGCGCAUAGUUCUAGAGGCAAGCCCCGUCGGGGUAUGAUGCGACGGGCAGUGUUCUCAGACCUACAAAGAAAAGGCUUAGAGAAGAGGUUUCAAGUCCAGAAGUACAUAUCUAAGCCAGACAGGAAGAAGCUGGCUGAAAAAUUGGGACUUAAAGAUAGCCAGGUAAAAAUCUGGUUCCAGAAUCGUCGCAUGAAAUGGCGUAACUCAAAAGAGCGGGAGCUAUUAGCAUCUGGUGGUUCCAGAGAACAAACCUUGCCGAACAAGAACAACCCACAUCCAGAUCUUUCUGACGCGGAGGCUGAUAAACCAAAACUGUCUCCACUACCUGAAGACGAAGAGUUAAAAAACAAAAUCUAUGCGUCAACAUCAAACUGUCAAACUGACAACUACCGUUACGAGGACAAGAUGGCGGCUGGACUGUUUUCCCGCGAAAAUUACCAAAACGAGGAGGUUGACGAUUUCGAUAGCGAUAGUGCGUCUGACGAAGAAAUCCAUGUGACAUGA